UUGAGACACACCCAUUGCGGAAGUCGAUCCUUGUCGAGACCCGCGGGAGUCUUGGGGGUAGAGAGUGGACUAGUUUCACCAUGUCGAGCACAAUAAAGAGCCUUAAAGUUACUUACAACGAGAACGGAGAUCGUAAUACGUUUACUGGUGGUGACAACCUGACUGGAAAUGUCACUCUGGAAGUCAGCAAGGAUUGCGAAGUGGAGUACCUCUACGUGAAAUUUAAGGGGAAAGCCGAGGUGUUGUGGACCGAGAGGCACGGUAAAACUACCGUCACGUACCACUCAAAAGACAAGUACUUCAGCAUUAGACAUUACUUUAUUCGAGACAAAAACAACUCAGGGGAUGAUGAUCAAUCACUACUGAAAAACCAUAAUGGAGAAACAUACAGUAAUGUACUUCCUGUUGGAAUUCAUGUCUACCCCUUCAGCUUUCAGUUCCCUUUGCAGGACAUGCCCUCGUCCUUCAAAGGUUCUGCUGGUAAAGUUGUGUACCUGUUGGAAACCAAGCUAAGCAGAUCGAUGAGGUUUAGCACAACGGAUACUAUCAAGAUCCCCUAUGUGACACAAUGUGCGCCAAACAUUAUGCACGAACUAAUGGCACCGCAGCAUGAGUGUAAAGAUAAAAAAAUGAGUCUGUUCAACUCAGGAACUGUCGCCAUGGAUGUCAAUCUUGAAAAAACAGGCUUCUUCCAAGGAGAGGGCUUAAAGAUUGUGGCAUUCAUUCAGAACAACUCUUCUCGUGAAAUCAAACCCAAGUACUGCAUCUACAGAAAGCACAGCUUUUUUGCGAGAGGGAAGAGAAGGCUUGAUACCAAAGAUCUCAUUAAAGAGGUUGGAGAGCCUCUUGCUCCAUCUACCAAUCAAACGGUUACAAGAGUCAUCACAAUCCCCCAUGAUGUGGACCCUUCCAUCCUGAACUGCAGCAUCCUUAAGGCAGAGUACAGACUUAGGGUUUACCUGGAUGUAAAAUAUGCUUCAGACCCAGAGAUCAAAUUUCCUAUAACCAUCCUUCCAGCCCCUCAAGUGUCUGCAAUGGCACCAAGCCUGCCUGAUGCUUCUGCUGGAUUUGAAUUUGGAGCCUUCGGAAGCCAAAACCUUCCAAUGUGGAGCACUGUGCCACCAUCACAAUCUUUCAAUCCCCCUCCUCCCUAUGAAGCUCAUGGAACAUACCCUACGUUGACAGAUUUUGGUGGUAAAUACCAAUGAUUUUAUUCUCCAGAUGCUUGUACACCAAGGGUCUGAUCAGCUAAGAUUCCAAAGAGCAAGCACUGGAUUGCAUGUCUAAAGAAAAAAAUACAUACUGCGUGUUGUGGUUGAUGUACUUUGAUUGCUAGCACAGCUUUAACAGUUACAAAAGUGGUGUGGACCAGCCUAUUUAAAUGAGGAUUUGGCUUGUGCAACUGGUUGAGUUUGAGGAGAGCAGAGUGGCCACAAAAUAAGGUUUUGGUCGAAGAUGCAAAUAAACACCGGUGAACUCCAGCAGAGACAUACCAUCAUAUAAUAUUUCUAUAUUGGUGUAUUUUGUCAUUUAAUAUAUAUAUGUCCGCGACCCUUGUGAGGAAAAAGCAGUAGAAAAUGAAUGAAUGAAUAUAUAUAUAUGUUUUACACAACAAUAUAUUAGAAGAAUAUAGAAGAACAAAUGUAUCACUGUGCAUCUUCGGGGAGAUGGGAGACUUGUAUAAUUUGCUCUUGAUGCUAUAAAGCAAGUACCGAUCGGAGCACCCCUAAUAUAUUGUAUGUACAGGGUGAUUGAAAAGUAACUCACUACUUCUAAUUUCAUUCAGAACUAAAAUUCCUACAAGAAAUGAACAUGAGAAGAAUGUAUUGUAUGGAGUUUUAUUUAAAAUUCGAUAUAUGUGCCAGACAGCGGAGACCAUUGAUUUUUAUCAAAUAUGUGACCUACGUAUAUAUCUUCAUUGUAACAAUCUUAGCUUGUAUUAUUUGGUCCAAUUAAGAUUUAUGAUCAUAUGUUUGCAAAGUGACUUUCAAGUUGGUUGCUUAACUAGAUGAUUUGCCUAAGUAGUGUAUAUACCAUUUUUAUAUUUUAGACAUUUGUAAGCAAUUAUGUGUGUAACUACAUUUCAAUCAAUGAUCACAGAGUACUGAAUUAGUACACUGAUUUGUCCUUGUCCUAUAUUAUAUUUCACUGCCCUAUUUAAUAAAUAAAGAGUAACUAUACAAUCGA